AUGAAAGCUAGGUUAACAACAUUCUUUGAAAGACAACAGAUUAUCAGCGAUGCACAACAUAUACAGGAACCAGAACUUGAAAAACCCAGCGAAGAAAGUAAGAGUUCGGAAAGCAAUUCCCAAGAAUCAUCUGAAGAAAAACCAGAACCUGAGCCUGAACCGGAACCGGAACCCGAAAGACCCAGCGAAGAAAGUAAGAGCUCUGAAAGCAGUUCUCAGGAAUCAUCUGAAGAAAAACCAGAACCUGAGCCGGAACCAGAACCCGAACCUGAAAGACCCAGCGAAGAAAAACCUGAGCCGGAACCAGAACCCGAACCUGAAAUACCCAGCCAAGAAAGUAAAAGUUCUGAAAGCAGUUCCCAGGAAUCAUCAGAAGAAAAACCAAAACCCGAAUCUGAAAAAUCUAGCGAAGGAACCAACAGUUCCGAAAGUAUAAGUUCUGGAAGUUCCGAUGAAUCUAAAAUCUAA